AUGACUCGAUCUCUGUUUGACACUGCAUUCGAUGAGCUACCCAACCCAAAACAGGUUUGGGUGGGAAAGCCUGGUAGCCGUGAGGAAGGUCUUGGGAAACUAGCUAUUCUCACCCCGGAGGUCGUUGCAAAAGCAGCUGCUAGUGAGAUCAAAUGCGGUCGCCGCGUGACGAUGAACUGGGAGAUGACGAAGCUGGACUAUCCAAAUCUCAACCGCCAGCCCUGCAACCACCAGAUCGUGCCUCUGUUGGGAGGAGUGGCAUUUGACGAUGUUUACAGUUUUAAUCCCCAGCAAAGCAGUCAGUGGGAUGGAUUGAGGCAUUUCAGCCAGACUGUGCCUGGUCAAACCGACCGCGUUUUCUAUGGAGGUACAACUGUUCAGGAGAUAAAUGACCGUCGGAACGAUCGCAUUGGUCUUCAACAUUGGGCCAAAGAGGGAAUUGCAGGCCGUGGAGUAUUAAUUGACUAUGUGGCAUGGGCUGAAAAGAAAGGGAUCACAUACAGCACGUUCUCGACGCAUCAGGUCCGCCUCCAGGAUAUCCUCGAGAUUGCUAAGGAGAGCAACAUCACUUUCCAGAAGGGUGAUAUCCUCUUCGUCCGAAUUGGGGUGACGAAGGAAUGGGAUACCAUUAUGACGGAUGCUCAAAAAAGGGAAUAUUCCGAUAACCCCCAACCCGAGCACGCAGGAGUCGAGGCCACAACGGAUGUUCUCCGAUGGCUUUGGGAUACUGGCUUCGCGGCAAUUGCAAGUGAUGCUAUUAGCUGGGAGGUCUACCCUCCUCAAUCCCCUGAUAUCUUUUUGCACGAGUAUGUUCUGGCAGGCUGGGGAUGCCCAAUUGGAGAGCUAUUCGACCUAGAAGCAUUGGCGCAAAUUUGCCAGGAGCUUGGACGAUGGACUUUCUUUGUGACUUCGGUGCCGUUGAACAUGCCUGGUGGAGUUUCCUCUCCUCCAAAUUCUUUGGCGAUCUUCUAG